AUGGCGUUUCGCGCGGGAGGUCUGUUUAUGCCAAAUAUGAACAGCAUCGUAAGGAACUCAUUUGGUUAUACGCCUACCGUCUUCGACGGAAAGGCCGACCAAAUGUUAAAAGUGAGUGAGUAUUUGGAAGAAAAAGGGUUUAUUCCAAAAGAGCUUGUCAGGAACGAAGUAACCUGGUUUUAUGGUAACCUCGGCAUCGAUGAUACAUAUUUCAGUUUAGAAAGUGCGGAAACUAUUGCAAAUCAUAUUUUAGCCUUAUACGGUGCUAAAAUUUUUGCAUUCACAAAAAAUGAAAAUGUUCUGGAUAUUAAUCUCGAACGAGAAACUGAGGAUACCUCCGUGUAUAUUCAUACUUCUUGUCCUGGUGUCUCUCAAUUACAUGGUCCUCAAUAUGAAAGAAGAAUUGAUGAAAAAUUUUUAGAUGUUAGUACUACUACUAACGCUUAUCGUCUAGAAUCUUACCGUUCUCAAGGAAAUGUUUCUUCCGGAAUGGAUACUCAACUUCGUUGUUAUUUUGUGACAAAAUGUGAUUUCGUAAAAAUUAAUCCAACUCCAGAAGAACAAACUGAUAUUCGCCUUGUUGGUGAUAAAACCUUUUUAGAAAAAGCCACUGAUAAUACUUUGGAUAUUUAUCAAAAUGUUAUGAAAGCUGUUCUUCAAAGAACUGGUCCCGUUAUCGAAAUGUUUGAAGUCGAAGGAAGUCGUGAACGCCGUCUUGUUAUUGGUUAUAGGCAACGCAGUACACAAUCUUUUUUCUCUGCUAUGUCUGAUCUUUACCAUUUUUAUGAACUCUAUUCUACUAGAAAAUAUGUUGAACAAUUUUCAAAUGGAGUUACUGUCAUGAGUCUUUAUCUUAAUCCUCUUCCUAAUUCAAAAUCUGCUCCAAUUGAGCAUACAAUUCAUCAAGUUAUUAAAGAAGCUUCCUUAAUUUACUGUUUACCUACAACUCCUUUACAAUCUUUCUUUCAAACAAAUAAAUUAUCUGUUCAGGAAGCUAUUUAUGGUUACAUUGCUUGGCUAUUUGCUCAACAUUUCCUUAAUCGUUUGGGUAGUGAAUAUACAAGCCUUGCUGCCGCUAUGGACCCUAAUGAUCCUGUUCAUAUUGAAGUAUUGAACAAAAUUAAAAAAAGAUUACGUUCUGAUACUUUUACUCGUGAAUACAUUUUGGAAAUUAUAAAAAUGUAUCCUGAUUUGAUUCGUCUUCUUUAUAUCAACUUUGCUUUAACUCAUUAUGUUAAUCCUCGUGGUGCUGCCCUUGAACCAACUUUAUCUUACCAACGUCUACAAACUGAUGUUAUCCUCUCUGAUGAUGAACUUUUGGAUAAAAUCAAGAAAACAACUUCUAAUACCCAUGAAUUUAUGGUGUUUGAAUCUUUCUUAAUCUUUAAUAAGCAUAUCCUUAAAACAAACUUUUAUCAACCUACGAAAGUCGCUUUAUCUUUCCGCCUCGAUCCUUCUUUCUUACCUGCUAUUGAAUAUCCUACGAGAUUAUUCGGUAUGUUCCUAGUUGUAGGUUCUGAAUUCCGUGGUUUCCAUUUAAGAUUCCGUGAUGUGGCUCGUGGUGGUAUUCGUAUCAUUCGUUCCAGGAAUAAGGAAACUUAUAGUAUCAAUUUAAGAUCUCUUUUUGAUGAAAAUUAUGCUCUGGCUGCUACUCAACAAAGAAAAAAUAAGGAUAUUCCUGAAGGUGGUUCAAAAGGUACUAUUCUUUUGGAUGUUAACCAACAGGAUAAGGAUCGUGUCGCUUUUGAGAAAUAUGUUGAUAGUAUUCUUGAUCUUUUGAUCAAAAUUGUUGAUAAUUAUAAUAAACCUGAAAUUUUAUUCUUUGGUCCUGAUGAAGGAACCGCCACAUUUGUUGAUUGGGCUAGUUCUCAUGCUCGAGCACGUGGUGCUCCAUUCUGGAAAGCGUUUACCACCGGAAAAAGUCAAUCAAUGGGUGGUAUUCCUCAUGAUCUUUACGGUAUGACCACGCGUUCAGUUCACCAAUAUGUAGUAGGAAUUUAUAGAAAACGUGGACUUAAAGAAGCAAAGAUUACCAAAUUCCAAACUGGUGGUCCUGAUGGUGAUUUGGGUAGUAAUGAAAUUAAAAUUUCAAAGGAUCGUACUGUUGCCGUUGUUGAUGGUAGCGGUGUAUUAUGUGAUCCUGAGGGUAUUGAUCGUGUUGAAUUAGGACGAUUGGCCGAAAGUCGAUUGAUGAUAUCUCAUUUUGAUACAUCAAAAUUAACGCCAAAAGGAUUUAGAGUAUUAGUAGAUCAACAAAAUGUGAAAUUGCCAAAUGGUCAAGUUGUAGAAGAUGGUUUGAUGUUCCGUAACAAUUUCCAUUUAACAACUAGUGUAUCAGCUGAUCUUUUUGUUCCCUGUGGUGGUAGACCUGAAUCAGUUGAUCUUAAUAAUGUUAAUGCUUUACUUGACUUGAAUGGUAAACCGAGAUUUAAAUAUAUUGUUGAAGGUGCCAAUUUAUUCUUUACACAAGAAGCUCGUAUUCGUUUAGAGCAAGCUGGUGCUAUAAUUUUCAAAGAUGCAUCAGCAAACAAAGGUGGUGUCACAUCUUCAUCUUUAGAAGUAUUGGCAGCUUUAGCAUUGAAUGACGAAGAAUUCGCAAAGAUCAUGGUUGUAAAAGAUGGUGUUGUUCCUCAGUUCUAUCAAGAAUAUAUAAAAGAAGUUCAUCGAGUUAUUGAGAAGAAUGCAGAAUUGGAAUUCGAAUGUAUCUGGCGAGAGCAUAGACGAACAAACAAACCACGAUCGAUAAUUUCUGAUGAACUCAGUCUUGCUAUAGUUGAAUUAAACGAAAAUAUGCAACAAUCAAUUCUAUGGCAAAAUGUAUCUUUAAGAAAGACUGUAUUAAGAGAAGCUUUCCCACAAUUACUUCUUGAUAGAUUAGGGCUAGAUAGUUUAUUAGAAAGAAUACCGGAAUCAUAUGUACGAGCCAUUUUUGGUUCAUAUUUGGCAAGUCGAUUUGUAUACAAAUAUGGCACACAACCAUCACAAUUUGCAUUUUUUGAAUUCAUGAAUCCCUUCUUUGCCAAAAUUGAUGAUCAUUAUAGUUGA